GAGAUAAGACGCACCACACACGCAUAGUGACUGGGAAAAUGGUUCUCGAGGAAAGCAAAAACAGGGGAAGACAGAACGUGUAAAUGGGUCCGUACGCUCCAUUUUCACGCAAGCAGAUGGGUUGGAUAUGUUGUUGAUGUUUUUCGGUUUCAUCGGCGCCGUUCUUGAUGGGUUCACUGACCGUCUUCCGCUGUAUUUCACUAGCCACAUGAUUAACAGUAUUGGCAAUGCAUCAAAGUUGGACCCCGAUGUUCUGCGGCAAAGGCUUAAUAAGAACGCUGUGGGGAUAUUAUACGGGGCUGGUGUGUCUUUGGUUGCUUGUUUUCUAGAAGGAUACUGUUGGACAAGAACAGGUGAGAGACAAGCUGCAAGAAUGAGAAUCAAGAUGCUAUCAGUGAAAAGGUUUUGUGGUACUUGAACUGUAUAUAUAUAAUCUACACAUACUGAUGGACUUUUGUCAUUUGGUUUACCAUUUUUGCUUAAAAACAGUUGAUUCCUAAAACUUUUGGUUAUUUAUACUAUUGGUCCCUGAAGAUAUGCACUUGUAUCAUUUUGGUUCCUGACGUUUAGUUUUAGAGGUCUAAUUACCUGAGGUUUAUGAAUUUUUUUUUUACCCCCUAUGUUAGUAAACUGUGAUUUUCAGGAGGAGUCUUAGCACAAAGAUAGGAUGUAAGGACUUUAAAAGAGAUAGAAUGAUAUUAAAAAAAAAAAAAAUUUAAAAAAAGAUCCAAAGUAAAGAUCUGGAUUUUGUUGCCCAAUUCAUGUCUUCCUUUCAGAAUAAUUUUUUAAGAUCUUUUUGUUUUUUUAACCAUUUGAUCCAUAUUAAAACUAUCAGAAGCCAUCUUCGUGCUUUAUAGUAUCUAAAAACAGACAGUUUAAUAGCAAGAGGGACCGAAAUUUAUAUUCCAUAUACCUCUGGAUAGAUAGACCUCUACAAAUGAAUGUCAGAGAGUCAAAAUGGAGACUAAUGCAUAUUUUCACGGGGCCAUUGGUGAACGUGAACCUGAAAAUUCAACAGGUCCCAAACUUUGUGAGCCAAGUAUCCACGUUUAUAGGAGGUCUUAUCGUAGCGUUAAUACUGUCAUGGGAAUUGGCUUUGGUGGCACUCCCAUUUGUGUUGCUUCUAGUAAUUCCUGGGUGGAUGUGUGGAAGAUCCUUACUGAAUUUAGCAGGAAAGAUUAGGAGUGAAUACAAUGAGGCUGGUACAGUAGCAGAGAUGGCAAUAUCCUCCAUCAGAACUGUUUACGCCUUUGGCGGCGAGAAAACUACUGUAGCAAAAUUCUCCGUGGCUUUAAACGGGGCCACUAAGUUGGGAUUGAGGCAGGGUUUGGUCAAAGGCUUGGGAGUUGGAAGCAGCGCCAGAGUGUUUGUUAUGUGGUCUUUUAUGUGUUACUAUGCUAGCAGAUUGGUCAUGUACCAUGGCGCACAAGGAGGGACUGUUUUUGCUGCAGGGAUGUCCAUUGUCCAUGGAGGACUAGCACUAGGAGCUGGUUUAUCUUACAUCAAAGACAUAGUUGAGGCACAAUGUGCUGGCAAAAGCAUACUAGAGGUGAUAACACGAGUCCCUAAGAUUGAUGUAGAGAACAUGGAAGGCAUGAUUUUGGAGGAGAUCUCUAGCAAAGUUGAAUUUAAGCAAGUAAAUUUUUCAUAUCCAUCGAGGCCUGAAAGUAUUGUCUUGAAAAACUUUACCCUUACCAUCCCACCAAGAAAGAAAGUUGCCUUAGUUGGCACAAGUGGCUCCGGAAAAUCCACGGUUUUGCUGUUACUUCAACGGUUCUAUGACCCACUAGAAGGGGUGAUUCUUCUUGAUGGGAAUGCUAUUAAUAAGUUGAAUCUUAAAUGGCUAAGGUCGCAAAUGGCACUAGUAAGCCAAGAGCCUUCACUCUUCGCAACAACCAUAAAAGAGAACAUAAUUUUUGGCAAAGAGGACGCGAAGAUGGAGGAAAUUAUCGAGGCUUCUAUAGCUUGUGAUGCUCAUAAUUUUAUUUGUCAGUUACCCCAAGGUUAUGAUACCCAGGUUGGUGAAAGAGGUAUUCAAUUAUCCGGAGGACAAAAGCAAAGAAUUGCAAUUGCUUGAGCAAUCAUUAGGAAACCUCGAAUUCUCCUCUUAGACGAGGCAACCAGUGCACUAGACUCCGAAUCAGAAAGAGCAAUCCAAGGAGCUAUAGACAAGGUGGCUGUGGGUAGAACUACCAUAAUCGUCGCCCAUCGACUUUCGACCAUAAAAAAUGUCGAUGAUAUCAUCGUGAUGGAAAAUGGUCAAGUUAAAGAAGCUGGGUCACAUAAUGAGUUAAUACAAGAAGAAAAUGGUAUAUAUGCCUCCCUUGUUCGUCUCCAAAGAAUGGACAUGGAAAAAGACCAUAAAGAGAAAAUUUUCGGGUCACCUUCUCGAUCAAAUAAGGAUUUCAAUGACACUAUGCAUGAAUGCCGUUUAGGCCUUAAUAAGUCAAACCUUACCGGCACUGUAACAGCUAGUUCGAUUUCUCCAGUUAGAACUAACAAUGAUUCAACCGAUCCAAAGAGUCCUACUGCAUCGUUUUGGAGAUUGUUAGGUUUAAAUAAGCCAGAAUGGAAGCAAUGUUUGAGCGCAAUUAUUUUCGGUGCAAUGCAACCUUUGUAUGCAGUUGCCAUGGGAACUACAAUAUCAGUGUACUUCUUAACUGAUCAUGAUGAGAUCAAAGAAAGGAUUCGAAGUUCAGCAUUGUGGUUCUUGGGGUUAACAAUCGUUUCAUUUUUGGUUAAUAUAAGCCAACACUAUAGUUUUGCAUACAUGGGGGAGUACCUAACUAAGCGAAUUCGAGAGAGAAUGUUUGCAAAGAUACUCACUUUUGAAGUUGGAUGGUUUGAUAGAGAUGAGAAUUCUAGCGGUGUUAUUUGCUCCACGCUAGCCAAAGAUCCAAAUGUGGUAAGAUCUUUAGUGGGAGAUAGAAUGUCUCUUCUUGUACAAGCAACCGCAGCAGUAAUCAUAGCAUGGACACUGGGCUUAGUCAUUGCAUGGAGACUUGCAAUAGUCUCAAUAGCAGUCCAACCCCUCAUCAUUAUGUGCUUCUACACUAGGCGUGUCAUGCUCAAAAGGAUGUCUAGAAAGGCCAUCAAAGAACAAAAUGAGAGCACUAAACUUGCCGCCGAAGCUGUAUCAAAUCUUCGAAUAGUUACCGCAUUCUCUUCCCAAGAACGAAUACUAAAUCUGCUGAAAGGGACUCAGGUAGGACCGCGAAAAGAGAGCAUUCGUCAAUCAUGGUUUGCAGGCAUUGCCCUUGGUUUGUCCCAAAGCAUCAAGAGUUGUAAUUGGUCCUUGAACUUCUGGUAUGGUGGCAAACUUGCCUCUCAAGGCUACAUCACCCCAAGAGAGGUAUUCCAAACUAUAAUUAUCUUAGUCACCACAGGUCGCGUCAUUGCAGAAGCCGGAAGUAUGACUACUAUCAUUGCUAGAGGUUGGGAUGCUAUAAGGUCUGUCUUUGAUAUAUUGGACAAGAACACAAAGAUUGAACCUGAAAACGCAGAAGGUUACCAGCCUGAGACGAUAAUAGGCCAUAUAGAAUUAUGCGAUGUGCAUUUUGCAUACCCAACUAGGCCUAAUGUAAUGAUCUUCCAAGGAUUCUCAAUCAAUGUUGAAGCUGGAAAAUCAAUGGCUUUGGUGGGAAAAAGCGGGUCUGGUAAAUCUACAAUAAUUGGGUUGAUCGAAAGCCCUCUCAAAGGCAUGGUUAAAAUCGACGGUCAAGACAUAAGGUCUUAUCACCUUAGGUCAUUAAGAACAUACAUCGCACUUGUUAAUCAAGAGCCAACUUUGUUUGCUGGCAGCAUAAGAGAGAACAUUACAUAUGGGGCACCAUCAAAGACCGUAAGUGAAGUAGAGAUGAUGGACGCCGCGAGGGCAGCAAAUAUCCACGAUUUCAUCACGAGGCAAAAGGAAGGGUACGAAACAUGGUGCGGGGACAAGGGAUUGCAACUCUCCGGGGGGCAAAAGCAACGUAUUGCGAUAGCACGUGCCAUAUUGAGAAACCCGACAAUAUUGCUAUUAGACGAGGCGACUAGCGCACUUGAUAGUCACUCGGAAAAAGUCGUGCAAGAGGCCUUGGAACGUAUCAUGGUGGGAAGAACUAGAGUUGUUGUGGCACAUAAGUUGUGUACUAUACAAAAGUGUAAUCAAAUUGUAGUGUUGGAUAAAGGGCUUGUAGUGGAAAAAGGGACACACUCGUCGCUGAUGGCUAAGGGUCCUACAGGAGUUUACAACUCACUCGUAAACCUACAAACGAUCGAGGCUGAAAUUAUCGUCCCAAACUAGGCUAACAUUAUAUGCUCAUUUUGUUGAGUACACAUCUGCAUAAUAUAUUGAACGCGGCCGAAUCUCAAAGAUGAAAAAUGACUCAUAAUAUUGGAAUGGAUUUGCCACUCCUAAUAUGCUCAUUUCGUUUUCUCCUCAAACGCGCCCAAAGUGAUUGAAAGAAGAAAAAGACUACUAUUGGAAUGGAUUUGUGCAACUGUCUUACUGCAACUGAGAUCGAGGCCGAUCACGUGACCCGUUACCGCGUCGCACGUGACGCCAUUCCAUGUGCAACAAUCCGCACCCUCUUUCCAAGAUUUCAUCUUUGGAUAUGGAGUUUCACAGGGUACAGAAGCAUACUCAUCAAUCGAAGAAGAGUGUUUUAAUUGGAGCAAAGCAAAGCUUUCCUCCUUUCUACAUAAUGGGGAUGAAGAUGAGUUUGACACUUGAAAAUGCAGUAGGAAGGACAAGAAGAAUAACAAGAGUGUGGAGUCUUGCUUAAGGAAUCUCAUCUUUCUCUUUCUUUGUUUUUUAUCUAUGGAAAACAAGUGCUUUCUUUUAGGCUUAUCUUCUCAUCUAUUUAUACUAGACCAAAACACCUCUAACAUAGUAUG